AUGAAAGUGGUUCAUAAAAGACAUCAAGAAGGUGGCGCUCAUCUUACGGGAGCGGUGUUUGCGGUCGAAGUGCAUUUUGAGAACAAGGACAGCGGAUUCUUCUUAAAACACACAGCGAGAUGGAACGGCGCCGGACCACCACCCGAGCCGGUCGGGACAGCGUUGCCAGGCGCCCUGCUCUCUCUCGAUCGCUUCACCGUUCUCCAAGGAUCAGCCCCCGCGUCCGUCCGCGCGACAUACGGACCCUUCUCGACCAAGCAGACAGUGCCCGCUCGCUACGCAGUACCGGACCCCCUGGAGCCGCCUCGCAGAAAUGCAACCUUAAUGGAACUGCAGGACGCGACAGCGCACAGGCUGGACGUGUCUGCCCACUUGGUGUUCCGAGAGCUGCCUCGCGAUGCCCCAGUCUUGAGGGUGCUGUUCCACACCGGCGGCGAAGGCGGUACGCGGCGUGCAGCCACGCGGCCUCGCCGUGUGUGCAUAACGCUGCAUGCAAGCCUCGGUACUAAAACACUGACCGCUUCGUGCGGCCCCGAAGGCGAAGAGGGGGCCUGUUUGGCCGAACUGACGAUCCCCGCCGCAUGGUGGCCGGCGGACGGUAAAGGGAAGCGGCCCCCGAAAAACAUAAGAUUGGCGUACAGCGCAGCGGAGGCUAGCAGCGGAGAGAGUGCAGAGGGCGCCUGUGGAAGAGUAUCUGUCCAACCAGCGUGGCCCCUGGGCUCUGUAACGCUGGCUGGCGCCCGAGCUGGAUAUCGUGAAGCGCGGGCGGGUGAUGCCGCCCUACUUUUACCGCGCGCGCCACUAUACCCCCACUCCCGAUUACACCUACCGUUUGUCGUAAGUAGAACGGCGCAUGUAACGGCGGAGGUUAAGCCGCGGGCGGCCACGGUCACCGCCACGCGCCUCGAGCCGCCCCUCCACAAUGACGAACGCCUCGACACAGACGAAGAGAGUGGUGGGGCGGGCGGGCCCGGUUGGGAAGAGAUACUGACUUGGCUGGUUGAGGUGGGAGCUGAAGGAGAAGGGGAUGCGGAGGGGUCGGAAGGGGAGUCGGGCCGCGGAACGGCUCGUUUGAGCUGGUCCGCCAGAGUAUCAUCGGCAUCCAGCUCCGCUUCAACAACAGAAGAAACUCCUCACGAGCACAGGGUGAACACACGUCUAGACAUAGAAAAGGACGACAUACAAGCUGUCCUGCCAAUAUCCAAGAACUGGGAGGUACUCAACACGGCGGUGCUGACGGGGCGUCAGGUCUCGCAAGCGAUGAAGGUGCUGAUUGUGUCACAAGCGGGCCAGGUCGCUGACGUAACCUUACAGAGCUCCUGCCACUCGGAGGAUGAGAGUGUCCUCAAGGUUUCCUCAUCAUGCAGCUCGGUGUAUGUGGACGGUUCGGAGAUCAGAGGCUCGUCGAACGCGUCCGUGAUCGUCAAAUACGGCACUUACACAGGCCUCGCGCGUUUCACCGUUUGGAUGCCUGAGUAUCCACUCGAGAUCGACGUCGACGACAAUCGCCUCUCGCAAAUCAAAGGUUGGAAAGUAUCAGAGGACGCGAACGCAAAAGACAGAUUAAAGCGCUCGCUUUCGGCGAGGGGAUGGGGUGGCGGGAGACCAGACGGCACCAACUCUUUGACCGACCAGCGAUCUUGCCGUCUGAGAUAUCAACAAAGCAACGUCGAGGUUUAUGCACGUUUCCUUGCCAAGGACCAUGACUCUGGCCGUGUGUCGUAUUUCGUUUCGCGACGCACCUGGCUCAAGGUGACCGAGCUGGUGCUGUCCCUGAUGAGAGUCUCCGACCCUCGGAUAGCUUCAUUACGCGAUCGGGUGCUGCAAGGGCGCAGUACCGGCCGCACUGAGGUGCAAGUACUUUCGCCAAUCACAGGUCGAGUUAUUGGGCUACGCGAAGUGAGGGUUGUGAACGACAAAGUGUCCAUAUCCAGACUCCUUGUCCGCGUCAUCUCCGGUCUCCAGCUAAACAUAUCGCCGGAUACAGCGAUCGAAAACGGAUAUGUUUCGGAAACGACCGUUACCAGGCGCCUUACAGCUCAGUACCAGGAGGGCCUGUUGGACAUAGACAUCGAGUUCUCGGAUGGAAGCCACACGGCGCUUCGCGAUGUUGCGGUAUCGGAUUACUAUUUGCUCGUCGAGAGCCUCGAUUCUGAUGUUGUGGCGUUCGCCCCCAUGUUGGCUUCGAGACAUCCCCGCGUCAUAGCUGUGGGAGAAGGCAGCGGCGAGCUGCUGCGCGUGACGCUGCUGACGCCGGAGCAGUGCCGCGCGGGCCCGCUGCGGCGCGUGGCGCUGCCCGGGCGCGGCGACGCGAAGACCCCGGCGAACAUCAAGAGCGUGCCCGGCGCGCUCGCCGCGGCGGCCGCGGGCGUCGACGUCGACUUCGCCGGUGGCGACGCGCCGCAGCGGCCCGACACGCCGCAGAACGACGACAUCAUGGCGCGCGGCGGCCUGCGCACCGGAAUGGCCGACCUCAGUGAUGUACUCAAAGGUUUCUCACCAUUUAAAGAUGAAAAUAAUCACGAACCAACAGUGCAGGCGCAACAAUAUGGCUCGAUCUUCAGAGGCAAUUCCGCGGUUCAUCCACGCCAUCAGCAACAACACAUGUCACCAGUCGAAAUUGGAAUGUACGUUCUGCUUGGAGCAUUUUGCUUCGCGAUUGUCGUUUUCGUAGUGUCUUGUGUGGUGUAUGCAUCUCGUCUGAAGCCAGCCAGUGCUGAUGGCGGGGUUGUUGGAGGCCGAUCUAUGCCUGCAGUGGCAGAAGGAGGGAGGAUACAAGUCGCUGGACUUGUUGGCACUACGCUCGGUCUGUCUAGGGAUAAGCCGUCAAGCGAGUCCACUACUAACGCACAUGAUUGGGUGUGGCUAGGUCGCGCGACGAUCGAGAGGAACGGGAACCGGCAGCCGGCCAAUCGCAGCGCGCCGCCGCCGGACAAGGGCAACAACAACCACGAGAUGAGGAUCACGUCGAACCCGCUCAACUACAACUACGUGGACCCGGAGGACGCGAUCCGGGACAACGGGAACGUGAUGGUGACGAGCUUCGACAACCCCAACUCCAUAGAGCUGCCCUCGCAGAAGGAGAGGGGGGGGCGGGCGAUCGACACGACCACGUACUGCAAGAAGCCGGCCAGACACACCCGCCAGCACUCCGGAGACGGUCAUUGGCAGGUGGAUGCAGCUAAUCCUGACGAGUACAGACCGCCGGUGCCACCGCACAGGAACUCCUCAGCUGCACAACCCCAGAUACCUGUCCCGCCGCGAAAUUCAACCAAACCAUUGCCCGAGACCGUCAUGCCGCCAUCACGACGAAGCCACUCUAGGAGCCACCACAAGAAACACGACCGCGACUCCGAACCGCCCAAAAGGUCACCCGAGAACCGCCGCACCGACCGAGUUAUUGAUCUGAAUAAGACCGACGCGCCGUACGCCAGCCGAGACGCCAAGGACCAGUGCAAACGCGACCCAUACCAGACGCAGUACCAGGACGAGCUCGACGACCCCGUGGAGAAGCUCACCGGCGAGGACUGCGCCCGCCUGUUCGAGUUCGACAACGACGCCCCCCUCAUCAUGGAGAACAAGGACUACAGGGAAAUCGUCGGGCUCAACAGAGGCACCGACGAGUCCCGCCGCACCUUCUUCAAACCCGAGAGCCCCGACUACAUGCAUGACUCUGGAAUAGGCCUACCGGAAGUGCAGAUGCGACACAAGAACCGACCCAAGGAAUCGAACAUUAAGGGAGAUUUCGUUGAACCAGGCACUCAGAACAAAGGCAGCGGCUCCCCGGAGGUGAAACGCGCCACGGUGGUCGGCAACCCGAUGUACUCGCGCACCUCGGCCGACGCGCCCGCCGAAGCGCUCGGACUGGACGACCUCCACAUGGACUACGAUCAGAUCAUGCACUAUUUCCACAACCUCAAGGAAUCAAACGCC